AUGGCGUCGACGUCCGCCUCGCCGUCCGCCUCCGCGUCGCCGUCGGCCUUGUUGUGGCUCUAUGGCCUGGUGUUCUUCUCACAGUUCAAGCCCUCCGAGCCUUUUCUGGUGGAUUUCUUGGUGCAGGUGAAGGGCUUUACCAAUGAGGCCAUCUUUCAAGACAUGUUUCCAAUUUGGACCUACGCCCGAUUUCCACUGCUUUUAUUGACGGGUAUCUUUUCAGAGUUUGAAGUGGUGGCUGGACAGGGCGUUCUUUUGGUGGGUGCUAUAUGUGGAUUUGCCACUGUUCUGCUCACCUUAUUUGGAACCAGCUUUCUGCCGCAGCAAAUCGCACAGAUCACGGUGGCGGCCAAUUUUGCCUCGCGCUUUGCAGUGAAUGCGGUGAUUUUUCAGUUGGCAUCUCCAGAUCAUGUGCAGCAGGAUGUUCAUAUCAUGAAGGCAGUAUUGCUGCUGUCAAACGCAUGCUCUGCCAUUCUAGGUGAGGUUCUUCGAGAUUCUGGAGCCCCUCUGUCAAUGCUGUACGUGGUUUCUGCCGCUGCCACAGGACUUGCUUUGAUAUGUUCAAUCUUUCUUCUCGGAUCCAAGCCCUCAGCGCGAGAUAGCGGUCCAACAGGUCCAACAAGGCAGAAAGUCAUGGCAUCAUGUUCGGAUUUGAUGAAGAUCUUUCAGCUGCCCUGUGUUGCCUGGUGGACCAUUUGGGCCUUGGCUGUGAAUCCAGCUCAUGGCGUUGCUUUGACGUACUGGCAGAAUCUUUUGAAAGAUCAUGUGGCCGAGACGGAUCACAAUGGCUACAUGCUGGGGGUCAGCUACUUGGCAGCUGCACUACUGGUGGCCGCAUGUCGCAGAUCAUCGAUUUUGAGAAGCUGGACCUCCUGCUUGGUGAUUCUAUCGAUCCUCAGCAUGGGUUUGUUGCUGCUUCUGCUUACAAUCAGCAGCACCCAAGUAGUCUUCUAUCUCUUCUUAGUGGCGAUUCAGUGCAUCUAUGAAGUCAGCACGUCGGUAUCCACUUUCCAGGUCGGUUGCGAGGUCUGCACCUCGGUUUCUUCGUCCAACGGCCCAAGGGAGCCACGACUGGCGCUGCUCUUCUGCGUCACCGGAGUCCUGAGCGGCGCAGUGGCUUCGUUGGUGCAACACGUGCGGCCCAUCUCGAGACGUUUCCUGCUGGUGGCCGUGGUGCUGCUUCUUCUAGCGGCUCUUCUCACUGUCGCUGCUUUGACUCGCUACCUCUACCUGUCCUGGAAGCGUCGUGGAAGCCGACGGCGCGGCACGCAGGUGAUCUGUACCUCCCGAGAAGGAUCUGCUGAAGAGUGUGAGGACUGGAACAUGGAGGAAGAGGACUCAAAUGCUUCCAGCCCAAAGAACAGUCUCAUCACACUCAGCUACAAGGGUCAACAGACCACCUUUCGCCCAUGGGAUCCCUCCAGAUGCCCUCUGGCAGCUUCCAUCCACAAUCGCUUGAUUCACUUCCCGAUUCAGCCAAACAGCAACGUCUUCGCCAUUUUCUGGUCACUCAAUAGCUUGAGUCACAUCUCGGACACUCUGGGCCCCUCCGGAAAUCUGAUUGCUGUGCUUAGCCAUGAUACACCGCUGAAGCCAGAGACGCUUCAUCGUUUCAUCAUGAGGCACAAGAACACCACAGUGAUCUUUGAAGAUAUCAAGGAAGCGAGUCUGGAGCGAUACACAAGACUCUUGAGCUUGCCGGAUGAUAGCAGGUGGGCCUUUUUGAUGGCCCUGCACCCUCGCUUGGGUGCCAACAGCCCUGCCAGGCUGCUGAAACCGGAAGCUGAGAAGAUCUGCAAGAUCAUCUUCGACUUCCUCGUGUGCACUACGCCAUCUCAGAUCAAGAGUUUGGUGAUGUGGCAAGGGCAAGACGAGUCUCAGGAAGAGGAAACCACCGUGGCGAUCUUUGAUCAGGCGUUGAAGCACAUCAACAUCCUUCAACAUUGGAGGAAGCCGAAGCCUACAAAGCCGAAGAUGGAGAAGAGUUCGGAAGGAGAGUCAGGUCAAGAAAAAGACAAUGAGAGGAUUUGGGUGAUCAUGGAUAUGAGAACCAAAUUGAUCGUCAGUCGAAACCUGGACUUCAAGUUGGUCAACGAGAUGGCCAAGAUUGGGUUAUUGGCAAAGGAGCAGCUGGCUCUGACUCCCUGGUUCCCAGAUCGUUCGCUGCUGCUAUGCAGGUAUGCUGUUUCUCGAGAUGAAAGGCAAGCCGGACAGGCAUCGGCUUCAGGAGCGGAAGACAAAGAGCGCGGAAAGGAGACGCGAACGCAGAAAAUCCAGCGUCCACCAAAAGCUGCGUCUAUGCAGGUACCAAGUUUCAUACCAAAAACGCCAGUACGAGAAGAGGACAUGCAAGUGGGACAGGCAUCAGCGACUUCAGGAACGGAAGACAAGGAACGCAAAAAGGAGGCAAACCGACCUCAGAAGGUCCAGCGUCCGCCGAGUGCUGUGUCCAUGCCGGUACCAAGUUUCGGAUCAAGAACACGAGAAGACAAAGAACUGUCAGCAUCUAUGUCGCGGUUUCAGCCACCUGAGGCUCCGUCGAUACAAAUGAUGCAAGAUGGAGGCCAAGACUUUCAAGCCAAGGGCAAGUACAAGCGGCCGAAUCGUGCCGAUUAUGCCCCGCCCGGCUUGGGUAACUCACAGGCAGCGCAGCCAAAUCAACCUUGGAUGGCAUCAGAGGAGGCGCAGUUGCUCUCCAGUUUGCAGGCCAGACACGCACAAGCGCAGCAAGCGGAGCAAGCGCAGCAAAGCGGCCCAUCGAGGCUUCAGCACUGGGCUGGGCCACCUGGACUACAGAGUCUACGUGGGUUCCCAGAUCAGGCGCUUCCGACAGCUGCCGCACAACAGGCCCAGUGGCAAGCACAGGCACAGAUGUUUCCUAUGAACAUGGGUCAUCCCCCUGGCUGCGGCGGCUGCCAAGGCUGCCACGGCUCGGGCUGUGGCAAAGGAGGGCAGCUGCCACCGUGGCCCGCAAUGGGAGGUCAGCUCAACCAGCUGCCUUUCCCCUUUGAGGACCAAUUGGGAGGGGGCUAUAUGCCACUGAACUUGUGA